ACCAAUAUAGCCAAUACAACUUCGGACACAUUGCAAGACUUGUCUGACAGUAGAUUUGCUGACAAUCAAGAACUCAGAUAUUCUUUACGUUCACUCGAGAAGAAUGCCAAUUGGAUUAGACAUGUUUUCAUUGUAACCAAUGGUCAGAUUCCUAAUUGGCUUAACUUAGAGAAUCCUAGAGUUAGUGUCGUUACUCAUGAGGAAAUAUUCACUAAUAAAAGUCAUUUGCCGUCAUUUAGUUCGCCGGCAAUUGAAUCCCAUUUACACCAAAUCCCAGGUCUUUCCAAAAGGUUUCUAUAUCUAAACGAUGACAUACUAUUGGGUCGUCCCAUAUAUCCCGAAGAUUUUUACACAAACAGCAGAGGGUAUAAAGUGUACCUCUCGUGGCCGGUGCCGAACUGCGCCGACGGGUGUCCUAUGAAUUGGCUUAAAGACGGUUAUUGUGAUCAGCCGUGCAAUAAGUCUCAAUGUCUAUGGGAUGGC